AUGGAGGAUCUGGGCAAACUGGGCAGCAGCACAGGAAGAUUCGCCAACGCCACAUUAGUGCGGCUCUCUGAGUUUCUGAGUGCGGGGUACAAGAAGGGCGUGAGACCCGUGAAAGACUGGAGGACGUCCACCAUAGUGGCCAUAGACCUCAUGGUUUACUCCAUCCUCAAUGUGGAUGAGAAGAACCAGGUUUUGACGACAUAUGUGUGGUACAGACAGUCGUGGACAGAUGAAUUCCUGGUCUGGAACCCGGAAGACUUCGAUGAAGUCAAACAAGUUUCUAUCCCUACAGCGAACGUGUGGGUGCCUGACAUCCUCAUCAACGAGUUCGUGGACGUGGGGAAGUCUCCGGACAUACCUUACGUCUAUGUGACACACGACGGACUGGUGCGCAACUACAAGCCCAUCCAGGUGGUCACAGCGUGCACUCUCAACAUCUACAACUUCCCGUUUGACGUCCAGAAAUGCAGCCUCACCUUCCAGAGCUGGCUGCACACCAUUGAUGACAUCAACAUCACCCUGAUGCGAAGCCCCGAGGAGCUCAGGGAGGACAAGAGUGUCUUCAUGAACCAAGGAGAGUGGGAGCUGCUCCAUAUACUGUCCAACUACAAGAUCUUCAGUGUGGACAAUGAUGACUAUUAUGCUGAGAUGAAAUUCCAUGUGGUGAUCCGGCGGCGGCCAUUGUUCUACACUGUGAACCUGCUGCUGCCCAGUAUCUUCCUGAUGGUGAUGGACAUCGUGGGUUUCUAUCUGCCACCAGACAGCGGAGAGAGGGUCUCCUUCAAGAUCACUUUGUUGCUGGGCUACUCCGUCUUCCUCAUCAUUGUGUCUGACACUCUGCCCGCCACCGCCAUAGGAACCCCGCUGAUAGGUGUGUACUUCGUGGUUUGCAUGGCGCUGCUGGUGAUCAGCCUGACAGAAACCGUGCUGAUCGUGCGUCUCGUGCACAAGCAGGACCUGCAGACCCCUGUUCCACACUGGGUGAAGUACUUGGUGCUGGAAAGAGCUCCGGUCCUCUUCUGCAUCCACAAGAAGCACCGCCUCUGUUCCAGACUGUCCUCCCAGGCCUCCGACCUGGAGCACUACAAGGACAGCAACUAUGGAACUGCACAGUGCACCAUCCACCACACCUGCGAGAUCGGCCGAAGGCUCAGCCAGCAUGACAGAGAGGGCGGGCUGCUCGGGCUGGGCCUGCCCCCCUCCAGGGACCCCACCCCACCUGUCAUGGACAACAUCCUGCAGGAAGUGACGGCGAUUCGUCACUUCCUGGAGAAGAGGGACAGGUGCCGGGAAGUCGCUAAGGAGUGGCUGCAGGUCGGCUACGUGCUGGACGUGCUGCUCUUCAGAGUUUACUUAGUGGCCGUGGUGGCCUACAGCAUCACACUGGGGGCGCUGUGGUCAGUGUGGCAGGUCGCCUGA